UGAGCGCCUCAGCAGGAGGCCCUUUGUUCUCUGAUAGUGUCUGCCUGGGAGGGGAGAAGUUACAGCAGAUGGUUCAAACCGGCUUCCAGAGGACACUCCCUUUAACCAUUCUCUGUGGACAGACAUCCCCUGAGCUGGGGCAUGUGGCUGGCAGCACGACAGGUCAUCCUCAAGGUCCCCCUCUUCCUGCUUGGGCUCUGGAUGCUCUUGGCUCCUGUCCAGUGUUCCCAAGGCCACCCCUCCUGGCGCUACGUUUCCUCUGAGGUGGUGAUUCCUAGGAAGGAGACACACCUUGGCAAAGGCGUUCAGGUGCCAGGCUGGCUCUCCUACAGCUUGCGUUUUGGGGGCCAGAAACACGUCAUCCACAUGCGGCGUAAGAAGCUCCUUUGGCCUAGACACAUGCUGGUGACAACGCAGGAUGACCAAGGGGCCUUGCAGAUGGACUACCCCUACAUCCCUCCUGACUGCUACUACCUUGGCUACCUGGAGGAGAUCCCUCUCUCCAUGGUCACCAUUGACACCUGCUAUGGGGGCCUCGAAGGUAUCAUGAAGUUGGAUGACCUCGCCUAUGAAAUCAGACCCCUCAAGGACUCACACAGGUUUGAACACGUUGUUUCUCAGAUCGUGGCCGAGUCCAACGCAACGGGGCCCAUGUUCAGACCAGGACACAAGGAGGAAACAGACCUCUUUUCCUCUGCAGCAGACCUCAGUGAGGAACCCAGGCUCUCCAGCAGGCUCUAUUCUGCCCAUGCAGGAACUCUCAGAGGCCAAGUUCAAUGUUCCAGAUCAAUAUACCUUUUAUUCAACAAUAUCACAAAGUGCGCCAAAUAUGCGAUAAGUAUGUUUAGUCUUGUUGACAGCUUUUUUCAAGUUCUUCGUAUUAAGUACUACAUUUACAUUUUGACAAUCUAUGAUCGAGCUGAUCCAGUUGCCAUAAAUGAUCGCAGAGUGCCAGGAAGUCCAAUUCAUAAUUAUUUUUUGCAAACCUUUUUCAGAACUAUUCACCCUGAUUCGUCUGUGUUUCUCGAAAAAACUGGACUGCAUGAAGCUAACUUUGAGCCUGUUGCACGCUCUCUGUGCAACGAGAGAUCCCUGGUCUUUACUACUCAGUUUGGCAGACACUAUUUCCUGUUGGCCAUCAUAGCAGCCAAUCAAAUUGGGAGAUCCUUCGGUCUGGACUACGAUGCAGAAAACAUGUGUGAGUGCCAGAGAAGGACCUCUUGCAUUAUGUUUCGAUUCCCUGGGUUAACAGAUGCAUUCAGUAAUUGUUCAUUUGUACAUACACAAAAUAUAUAUAAUCAGCGUACUUCAUGCAUUUAUCAUGAAAAUAUUGUGUAUCUUAAUAAAAGCAUAACGGAGACACGUUGUGGAAACUUAGAAGUGGAUCCAGCGGAGCAAUGCGACUGUGGCUCCUUCAAGCAGUGCUAUUCCAACCCGUGCUGUAAAAGUGACUGUCGCUUCACACCUGGCAGUGUCUGCGAUAAGGGCACCUGCUGCACAAACUGCUCCUACGCUGCUUCUGGGACUCUCUGCAGGGCCAUCCACAGUGUCUGCGACCUCCCAGAGUACUGCCUUGGGAGCACCGCUGCAUGCCCUGAUGAUCUUUAUAUGCAGGAUGGAACCCCAUGCACCCAAGAGGGCUUCUGCUACAAAGGGAACUGCACCGACCGCACCCUGCACUGCAGGGAGCUCUUUGGUGCACACGCGCUGGACGCCGAUCAAGCCUGCUACGGUAUAAAUACCGGGACCUUCCGAUUUGGACACUGCAGGAGAGUUGCAGAGUCCAGAGAAUUCCUUUCUUGUGAAAAUAUAGAUAAGAUGUGUGGAAGGCUGCAGUGUAUGAAUGUUACCCAUCUUCCCCGGUUGCAAGAGCAUGUUUCAUUCCAUCAGACGUUGAUUGAGGGGUUCACCUGUUUUGGGCUGGAUGAACAUCGUGGUACAGAAACCACAGAUGCUGGACGGGUGAAGAAUGGCGCUCCCUGUGCUCCAGGGAAGUUCUGCAGUAACACCUACUGCAAUGGCUCUGUCACUGCAAUGAAUUACGACUGUUUCCCCGAUAAGUGCAAUAGAAGGGGAAUUUGCAACAACAAACGUAACUGCCAUUGCCACAUAGGCUGGGAACCUCCACUGUGCCGGAACCCUGGUGCCGGUGGGAGUGCAGACGGCGGGCAUCCUCCCAAAAAGGUGCGCUCAGUGACACAGAGCCAAGAGUCAGUUUUUUAUGUGAGAGUGGUCUUUGGCCGUAUUUAUGCCCUCAUAGGUGCACUGCUCUUUGGAGUGGCCACAAAUGUCCGAACUAUUAAGACUGUCAAAGUUACAGAAGCACCGAAACCUGAGCAAGAAUAAAAACGUCAGUCUCCUGACCUCUGUAAACACAGAGGAUGCAAAAUGAAUGGCAGUGAGAAAAAAGCAGCAGACAAAUUGGAAAGAUCGAGUCUUCAUUUUUAGUCUGAAGGGCACACGGGCCGCUCCCUCACACCAGGGGAGAAGGGGCGGCACUAUGAGAAUGGUUUUCUCUGACAGGCUACUGACACUCAUCCUGAAAUAAAUCUUUAAAA